CACCCCUUUCCUUGGUAUCAGAGGAGCGUCUUGCACCCUUUUAGGGGUCAGAACUGACCCGUAGUUGUUCUACUCCGACUGACAUAAGACAAACGAUUCUCAAAAUGUCUGGACAAAGCAUCAUGGACCGCAUGACAGCGGCCAGACAUAGCAUAGCCGGGCAGGGGCUGGCCAAGGUGGUUUGUAAGGCUACCACGGAGGAGGUUAUGGGCCCUAAGAAGAAGCAUCUUGACUAUUUAUUACAAUGCACAAAUGAACCGAAUGUGUCAAUACCUCAGUUAGCUGAUUUAUUGAUAGAGAGAACACAACAUCAGAACUGGGUAGUAGUCUUCAAAUCUCUCAUUACAAUUCACAAUCUCAUGAACUAUGGAAAUGAGAGAUUCACACAGUACCUGGCCUCAAACAACUGCACAUUCAACUUGGGUGGAUUCAUUGACAAGGGUGGAGUGCAAGGCUAUGAUAUGUCAACAUUUAUCAGGCGUUACUCCAAAUACCUGAAUGAAAAAGCAUACUCCUACAGACAGAUGGCAUUUGAUUUUUGCAAAGUCCGGAGAGGGAAAGAAGACGGCUUGUUACGAACAAUGAAUACAGAAAAACUUUUAAAAACAUUACCAUGUUUACAGAAACAGUUAGACGGAUUGUUGGAAUUUGAUUGUACACAGAAUGAAUUAACAAAUGGAGUAAUUAAUGCUACUUUUCUGCUGCUGUUUAAAGACCUCAUUCGACUAUUUGCCUGUUACAAUGAUGGUGUCAUCAACCUUUUAGAAAAAUACUUUGAUAUGAAUAAAAAGCAGUGUAAGGAUGCAUUAGAUGGCUACAAAAAAUUCCUCGUCAGAAUGGACAAAGUGUCAGAAUUCCUUAAAGUAGCAGAGAAUGUUGGUAUUGACAAGGGUGAUAUUCCAGACUUAGCCAAGAGUCACAAAUGCCAAUCAACUUCCAAGCGAUGUUCCAAAGCUAAGCAGUCUUUGGCUCCCUCCAGUCUCCUAGAUGCCCUAGAGCAACACUUGCAGUCCCUAGAGGGUAAAAAGGGGGCAACAACUCCAGUUGGUUCCAAACCAGCGGGAUUCGCAUCGGCCAUAAACACCAUUUCCAACAAUAGCAGCAUACAAAUUUCUGAUGAAGAAAAGAAACGAAUAUUAGAUGAAGAAAAUAUGAAGUUACAACAGCUCAAGGAUCAAUGUGGUGCCAAUCAACAUGAUUUUGCUAACCAGGAACAGAGGUUAAAAGAGAUGGGAGGAAGUCCAGUGGCACCUCCAGCCAACACUAACCAAUCAAAUCCCUUUGCCUCACCAACUACAACAGCGCCACCUACAUCUAGCGGGGUCAACUUGUUUGGUUCUCCAACAAAAACAGCACCAGCUGGCAAUGCACCUAGUGAUGACCUUUUGAACCUUUCAGGGAAUCCAUUCAUAGAAAAUGUACAAAAUGUGAUGCAAAUGAACAAUGUCAUGAAUAACAUGCAAGCGCCAUCACAACAACCUUUCUCGACUCCAGCAUGGAACUCUUCAGGGGUGAACAAUGCACCAGCGUCCAGUUCUGGGUUUACAUCAGAAGCAGAUUUUGAUAAGGUGUUUCACAACGCCAACACGACAACAACUGGGUUUGAUGCAUUUGGUGAAGUUCUACAACCCAAAUCACAAAAUCAGACAGAGGAAAAGAAACAGGAGAAGUUGAUACAGCCUGAUCUAAAUACAAGUCUUGUCCAAUUAGCUGGCAAUCUUCACAUCAAUGGACCAGCACAACAGGUGAAAAAACAACAACAUGAGUGGCAGCCAAAGGGUGAACAGAAGAAGACAGGAGGGGCCAACUGGCAGAACCAGCCAUCUAUGGCCUCCUCAACCACCACUUGGAACCAGGGCUUUGCACCUACUAAUCCAAUGACUCAGCCAGCUAUGGGCUAUAACAUGGGUGCACCACAAACACAGCCAAUGAUGCAACCUGUUGGUAUGAUGGGACAGCCUCGCCCAAUAGGAAUGCCAAUGGGUCAACCAAUGGGAAUGCAACCAGCUAUGGGUAUGCAGCCAAAUAUGGGUAUGCAGUCAAAUAUGUAUGGUGGAGGAAUGCAGCCAAUGGGAAUGAUGCAACAACCACGACCCCCUACUGGGCAACAACAAAACGACCCGUUUGGUGCAUUAUGAGAUUAGUUAAUGUGAGAAGUGGUACACUUCUUACAAGUUAGGGAGGAACAGGCUGUAACAUUGACAGUGAAAUUGUGACGGGAAUGUGUACAUAAUAAAAUUGAAUGGGAUCAAACUGUCGUCAGUGUUUCACAAACCUUCAAUGUACAUAGUAGUUAUGUAUGCAUAUUAUUACCAAGGAAGCAUACACAAUGAUAUUUAUCUGACAUUCGGAUGACUCACCUGUGUAACCAUAGUAGCUGCAACAGCACCUUGUAUGUCAUAAUUCCAUGUCAACACGGGCCUCCCAACAGAUCAUGGCAUAACUCUUGUAUGUCCAGCAGUGGACUUGCUGGGUCUCUCUGUCAUUGUUUUUUUAUAGGAAUAAUCAAAUUAUGUAAUUAUUGUAAUGUGUAUAUGUGUAAUAUAUAGACAGGCUAGGUUUUACAGUGUAUGUCUGUGAUUGUUGGACCUGGACUUUACAAGUCACCCAACAUACAGCUAUUUCUGACAGUUGAGCGGUGUCGUCAGUAUUGCAUGAUGUUGUAAAGAACCGCUUCCUAAGUCUGCAGAUGAAAAAGUGACAGUCACAUAACCAGAGCUAGUCCUGGUGUGAGGCUACUUUAUACUUGUUCAGUGUGCAAUUCUUUGUAGUUAUAUACUUCCUGUCCCACUUGUGGUGACAAUGUACAGCAAUGACUUCAUACAGGUUCCUCGCCUUCAUAUAUAUCACCUUGAUCAAUCAAAACACUGUUUAUGAACAAUGAAAGUGAUUCUUUAGUUCAGCUUUUAUUGUGUCACUAGAGAUGGAUCAGUUUUAUCGCUUUAAACUUUGUUCAUUUUGAUCAUUUGCAUUAUGAAGAAAAUUUUUCUGCAUCCUUAUGAGAAGUUGUUUGAAAAAAAAUAUGCAGAUUUUGCUGAUCAAAUCUGCUGUAAGCUUAUUCUAAAUGCAGUUCCCUUUUCACAAUACUUUUCAGUUUUCAAUCUGGAAGUGCACUUGCCUUAAAAACAAAAUACAGUUGAUAAGGUAAACUUAAAACUGUCUCACCAUGUACAAUAGGGAUGGUUUAUAGGUGCAACCUGGUGGUAUGUCUAAAGGGCUGUGUUCUCACCAUAUACAAUAGGGAUGGUCAUUAGUUACCUCCCAGGUUUGUCUGCAGUACAUUGUCCCCACAAGGCUGUGUUCUCACCAUGUACAGUAGGGUUUUUCUGCCAUAUAUUGUCCUGAUAAGGCCAUGCUCUUGUCAUGUACAAUAGGGUAGGUUUGUAGGUAAAACCUGGUGGCUUUUCUACAAUUCAUUGUCCCCUCAAGGAUUUUUGUCAACAUGUACAAUAGGAAAAGUCGGUAGUCACACCCUGGGUUUUUCUGCUGUACAUUGUCCCCACAAGGCUGUGUUCUCCCCAUGCACAGUAGGGAUGGUCAGUAAUUACCUCCCAAGUUUGUCUUCUGUACAUUGUCCCCACAAGGCUGUGUACACACCAUGCACAGUAGGGAUAGUUGGUAGGUACACCCUGGUGGUGUGUCUGCAGUACAUGUCCACACAUGGCAGUGUUCUCACUAUGUACAGCAGGGAUAAUAGUGAAUGAAAGUGGCACUACUACUAUGUGAUACAUAUAAUAUAUAUAUAUAGAUAUACAUGCAAAGUGUAUGCGAGAAUUGUAAUCAUAUAUUAUAUAUGGGUUGUGUUUAUUUUGUACAUAAAUCAUACAAAUUAUGAAGAUAUUUAACCAUUUCCCAUCUUUGUGUGUAUGUGGUGUUCUUACCAUUCGGAAAAAAAUAUCUUGUUCUAUUUCCUUUUUUCCUCCCCAGUUUUUAUUCUUGUCACCUCGCUAAGACAUGAAAGGUUGAUUAUCUCUACAUAACUGCAUUAUAAGUUAGCAAUCUCCCUUGUGGGUCUAUUAUUUUUUUCUUUCCUUUUUUUUUUAAGUACUUCCUCUUUAAUUAUUUUCUGAUAUUUGUUUGGUUUUUUUUUUAAUCAUAAUACAGACAUUAACUUCUCUGAUACUACAGUCUCAUUAUAUUAAGUGAUUUAUUAAUCAUAAAACUUGUGUCAAAAUACAUUCCUUACCCAACAUAUUUCACCCUGUUUUUUUUGUUUUUUUUGUUUUUUUUUCGUAUGAAAGCACAAAAGAUGUAAGAAAAGAGUAUCACUUAUAACCGUUUUGUGAUUGGAUGCAAAUUUUGGUAAAUUAUAUACAAUGUAGUUUUGUCAUUUAUACAAUAUACUUGUUUGUGCCCAUUGUUUCUGUCUAAAAUACAUUGUUUGUACGAUCACAUUGUAUGGUCUUUAGACAUUAAUCAUUAAACUUAUAUCAGACAAUACUACUGAUGUAAACAAACAUGGGUGUUUGUAAUGUUGAUUGUCCUCACCGUUACUGCAGUAAAUUAUUAUGUUGAUAAUUGACAUGUAAGACUGAUGUUAUAGGUACCUACAAACUGAUUAGAUUAUGUUGGAUUAGGUUCUAGUUGUUCAACAUUAAAAAUCAUGUUAAAUUAUUUUGUUUCAAUUAACUCACCCUUGUAUGGCAGUAGGUGACAUGUAUACACACAGAUAUGACCACAGGUGACAUGUUCACCCCAGAGUAUGGCCACAAGUGACAUAUACACAUCGGAGUGUGCCUAUCAGUGACAUUUACACACCUGAGUAUGCCAACAGGUGUGAUGUGUUUUAGUUGUGGAUCUUCUUCUAGUUUUUACAAGAUCAAUACAAAAUGCUGUAUUUCUGAUGUUGAUAAUUACCUGCUGUGCAAGAGGAUGCAGUUGAAACUUUCUUAAUAAAUUUUGAUUCAGAAACAUUCAGUCCAGUGGACUGUUAUCUAGCUAUUCUUCACAAUCAUCCUAGAUGUGUUCAUGCAGAGAUUAACUGGAUGUUUGACCUGGUGUCAUGAAUAGUCUGCUUUGUAACUAAAUAAUUUAAUUGCAGAAGGCACCUUAGCAUUCACAGUACUGUUACUGGUCUCGCUUCUGUUUAUAAAACCAUCAGUUUACUAGAUUGAUUUUCUGGAUGAUUGUGAAAUGCUAAGCUAUUAUUAUCAAGAAUAUCUCAAAGUUUACAUGAUGAGUGUCUCUAUAUCCACAGAAUGUUGGGUCCCGUGUUGAGAUUUGUGUAAUUCUAUUGCCUGUAGAUUUUAGCUCCGUUUCAGUUCCAUCAGAACACCAUGCCAACAUUCCAUUCUCAAAACAAGCUGUUUUCAUUGUAUAUGUAAACUGUUAUGUCGGCAUCCAUGAUCUCACUGUAAUCUUCACCAGAUGUGUUGAAACAUUAAGUAAUGAAGCAUGCACAUGCAAUCUUUUCUAUGGGGUCUCGGACAUAAUUAAACCUUUGUAUACAUUGGACAUAGCAAAGUGAAAAUGAUCAUAUUCUCUCAAUAUGAUGCCUACAUUUAUCUCUCCAUGGUAGCAAAAACAAUGAAAAAUAUAUCCAAGUGGAGUGUUAAAAAAUGGAACAUGAUUCAAUUCAUGUCUCGUCUAUCAAUCCCAGACAUCAGUUCAUCAUCAGUCCUCCAAGAUUCCUAUUCAUACAGGUGAAUAUUCCAUCACAAACGUAAGAGCUCCACAUUUUCUCCACUAAUGGUGAUUUGGAGUUGGCUUUCCAGAAAUUAAAAGUGCAUCAGCCGAUAGAUUACAUCCAUCUGAUUUGUGCAUGAUAUAUAAAGUGUUGUUGGGUAGGCAGAUUCAGGAUUAAAAAGUCUAGCACACACUGUAGGGAGGAAUUGGAUUUAUGGACUGGAGUUGUUUGUGGAAGAGAUACAAGUCUUAGUUAAAUUACUGGGAGAGGGAUUAAGGGUCUACAUACUUGUGACUGAGAUAAUAAUCUAGCUUGUGUUGUGGGGAUUGGGAUUUGGGGUCUAGUUAUUUGUGACAGGGAUAAAAGUCUAGCAUGUGUUGUAGGUAGAACUGAGGAAUGAUUGUUAUAUGUUUUGGAGAUAACUGUAUAGUUAUAGAGAGAUAGAACACAUAUGUUUAGUCAAUGUGCAGUGCUAUAGGCCUUUGAGUGGUUUCUUACUUAUUGUUGUUCCAUUCUCGUCUGUACAACAUCUCUGUACACCUGUAUCUUUCCUUACACUCCACGCAUCAUCUAGAUACUCUCACGAUAUCUCCUCAGUAGCCACUCCACUCAGUUAUCUCCCCUGUAUAUCAUUAACAUACAUCUGUAAUAUCUCCUCUUUAUCCUCUCAAUGCAGUUAUCUCCCUUAUGUAUCAUCAGCAUACACAUAAUUUUCCCUCUGUAAAUGAAACCUUGGUUAAAGGUUGGAUUUUACUGGUAUGUAAUACUGAAUAAAGUAACCAGAAAUUAUUAGGAAUUAGAUCCCUCUUAAAUCUUGUUAAAAUGUUUGAAUUCAAAUGUACUGAAGUUUAAUUUAUUAUGGUUGAUAAGUGAUGGAGCACAUUUUUGAUGUACAUGGAUGUCCCAAUCCUCAAAUUGAACUCAACAAGGAAACAAUUGAGCAUGUUUAUAAAACUGACACAGCUGGUCCUUAUUGGAGAGUUCAAUAAUGAAACUAUUUAUGUCAAUAUCUGCUUUAAAUGGCCCAGAUUACCAACUACCCCUUGUUCAUUGGGUCAUCAGUGAAUUGAUACAUUACCCUGUAAUUAUUGGGUUAUCCAACUACACUACCCUGUAAGGUGGGCCAUCAGUGCUUUCUACACAACCCUGUAGGGUGGGUCGUCAGUGCUUUCUACACUACCCUGUAGGGUGGGGCUUCAGUGCUUUCUACAUAACCCUAUAGGGUGGGUUGUCGGUGCUUGCUACACUACCCUGUUGGGUGGCUUGUCAGUGCUUUCUACACAACCCUGUAGGGUGGGUCGUCAGUGCUUUCUACACUACCCUGUAGGGUGGGGCUUCAGUGCUUUCUACACAACCCUAUAGGGUGGGUUGUAAUUGCUCGAUACACUACCCUGUAGGGUUAAUAGUGCUUGCUACUCUACUUUGUAGGGUCAUCAGUGCUUGUACAUUACUUUGUAGUGGUCAUCAGUGAUUGCUGCAAGACUAGGGUCUUUAAUGCUUGCUAUACUAUCCUGUAGGAUAUGUCUUCAGUGCUUACUUUCUUCCCUGUAUGGUGGGUUGUCAAUGCUUACUACACUACCCUUUAGGGUUAAAAGUGCUUGCUACUCUACCCUGUAGGGUUAAAAGUGCUUGCUACACUAACCUGUAGAGUCAUCAGUGCACUGUCAAUGUGGUCUGUAAUGAGCUAUUGAGACGGUGUUUAGUUUCAUUAUACAAGUGUACAUUGUCUGCCUUGGUGUUAAAUCUUUCUACAUAGUGCUGUAGGAAAAGGAAGAAAUAUCAAUGUGAAAAAUAAUAAAUAUUACAAAUAUAUA